ACAAAUAACAAAUCUGGAGUAUUAGAUACAUGCGAGAUAUACUUCAUGUAUUUUCUUUCGAACUUGACCUCGCUAGUUCACCGAAGAUAGUUCUCUUAAUGGUGAUUCUCUAAUAAUUCAAUUUCGUUUAUUGACCUCCUAAAAGAAACAUCAAUUAAAAAAUGGCUGUAGCUGUUAGAACAUUAUCAAAAUUUACAGUUAGAAAGUGUGGUAAUUUAUUACGUACUCAAAUAAGAUUUAACUAUGUAGAUACUAGAAAAAACUUGAAAAUUGAUUCCAAUACCAAAGUUAUAUGUCAAGGUUUCACUGGUAAACAGGGGACAUUUCAUUGUCAACAAGCCAUUGAAUAUGGUACUAAAAUAGUAGGUGGUGUUAAUCCUAAAAAAGCUGGUACACAACAUCUUGGAAAACCAGUUUUUAAAAAUGUAAAAGAGGCAAAAGAAGCCACAGGUGCUACUGCAUCUGUCAUUUAUGUUCCUCCUCCAAGUGCAGCUGCAGCUAUUAUGGAGGCAAUAGAUGCUGAAAUGCCAUUAAUUGUAUGUAUUACUGAAGGUAUUCCACAACAUGAUAUGGUCAAAGUUAAAAGACGACUUUUGGAGCAAAAUAAAUCUCGUUUAGUUGGCCCAAAUUGCCCAGGAAUAAUAGCUCCAGAACAGUGCAAAAUAGGUAUUAUGCCAGGGCAUAUACAUCAAAAAGGAAAAAUUGGUAUUGUAUCAAGAUCAGGAACAUUAACAUAUGAAGCUGUGAAUCAAACAACACUUGCUGGUCUUGGACAAACACUUUGUGUUGGAAUUGGUGGUGAUCCAUUUCAUGGAACAAAUUUUAUUGAUUGCUUGGAUGUAUUCCUCAGGGAUCCAGAAUGUGAUGGUAUUAUAAUGAUUGGUGAAAUUGGUGGUAGUGCAGAGGAAUCAGCAGCGGAAUAUCUCAUUGAACAUAAUACUGUUGGUUGUUCUUCUAAAUUGGGAAAUAAAACAAAACCAGUAGUAUCAUUUAUUGCCGGUAUUACUGCUCCACCUGGCCGAAGAAUGGGACAUGCUGGAGCAAUUAUUUCAGGAGGAAAAGGAGGUGCACAAGACAAGAUUAAUGCACUUGAAAAAGCUGGUGUAAUAGUUUCAAGGAGUCCUGCACAAAUGGGAAAUGAACUCUUAAAAGAAAUGACACGCCUUGGUUUGAUCUGUAAUUAAGAACAUAUGCCAUCUAUAAAUACACAUUUGUAGUUUGCCUCAUAUGGAUGUAUCUUCAUACAAUAAAUUGAAAGUAUAAACUAUGCUAGGAUCGUCUAAAAAAACAAAACAAUAUAAUGCAUUAAAAAUGUGCAACUUUAUUAAAUUGAUAAUGCAGUGACUAUAUUCAUUGAUGUGCAAACUAACUCGUUUACUUUAUUCCUAAAAAAAAAUCAUGCAAAGAAACAUGAACAUUUAUUGAAAAAUUAAAUUUAUUUUAUUACUGUACAGUAUUUAGAAAAUAUUUUUAAUGCUAUAGCUUUUAUUUUAACAAUUAGCAACUAUCCAAAGAUCAUAUAAAAAAUACCUAACAAUAACUGCCACAAUUCUUCGUUAUCAUUUUUCUUAAUCAGAAGUUAUAAAUUUUUCUAUGCUAUUACACUAUAAUUUUAAGAAACAGUUAUUUAAGCAAUUCUUACUAUAUUGUUGUAAAUUAUAUUAAAAGUAUAUCUGUUAUAACUAUAAAACUGUUAUAUAUCUAUAUUGUAAAACAUUAAAAUCUUAAAUAUAUUGAAUGAAAUCAA